UGUUUUCCUAGCGGAAACGCGGCGGAGGAGGCGGCGGCUUAAUCGGAGCGGAACGUGGGUUGAACGUUGCGAGCCGAGUCGGGUGGAAGCUCAACCUGGAACGGGAGUUCGGCCCGACCGGGGACGGAGGAGUGUGUCCCGAGAAGGGUUCAUUGAAAAAUCCUUAGUGAUAUUGGCAUGUUUCAAGUGACAUAAAUUAGCCAAUGACUCGGAAUGAUGGACUCUCUGAAGAGUGGAAAUGGUUUGCCAGUGAUUGGACCAGGGCCUGGCAUAGGGAGAGCCUCACUUCCCAUGCUGGGGUACUUGGGAAAAAGCUAUGAUUCAGCUAAAGCAGCACCAGAUGGACUCUGCCCUGCGUGUAAAGAGAAGGGACAGUUAAAGGCCCUGAAGCCUUACCGGAUUAGUUUCCAAGAGUCCGUCCUCCUGUGUGAGGAUCUGCAGUGCAUUUAUCCUUUGGGCUUUAAAUCACUUAAUAAUCUAAUUUCUCCUGAUUUGGAAGAUUGCCACACUGCAAAGAAACCUCAAAAAAGAAAGAUUUUGGAAAAUAGCUGUAAGGAUGUACCUCUUUUAGCAAAUUCCAAAAAGCCUAGGAAUCAUAUUGCCACUGAGGGUGAACAGAUUUGGAAUAGGAGGCAUGGAGAAGUGCAUGAUGAAGGCUCCUCGGACGUCCCAGGCAGCAGUGCUCACUCGGAUCCUGUUAGAACAGCUUGUUUCUUGGAGCAGAAUGAGACUUUGGACACUGGUAAUGUUGACGUGACUGCGGAGGAAGAUCCAGCUCCUGCUGCUGCUGCUGCCCCUGCCCCUGGGCCUGGGGAGACACGUCCUCUCACUGAACGCUCGAUGGUAGAAGCGCCAUCAGAGAGCGGACGCUUACCCCUUUGCCAGGCUUUGUGCGUCCAGUGGAAGAAUACUCAGUCUCUCUGUUGGCUAGACUGUAUCCUGUCAGCUCUGGUGCACUUGGAAGGGUUAAGGAACACCGUGACUUCACUGUGCUCCGAGGAGAAAUGCAUAUUUUGGCGGUUAUUUGGAAAAUAUAAUGAAGCAAAUAAGCUCCUUUACAGCAAUCACUUGGAUAGUAUUAAAGGUGGACAUUGUAAAAGAACAACUUCAGAAAUAUUUGCAGAGAUAGAGGCAUGUCUGAAUGAAGUUAGAGACGAAGUUUUUACUAAACUCCAGCCCCAGUUGAGGUGCACUUUGGGCGAGAUGGAAAGCCCUGUGUUUGCAUUUCCCCUGCUGUUAAAAAUAGAACCUCACAUUGAAAAACUCUUCACAUACUCAUUUUCUUGGGACUUCAAAUGUUCACAGUGUGGAUACCAGUAUCAAAACAGGUGUAUGAAGAGUCUGGUCACCUUUACAAAUGUCAUCCCUGAGUGGCACCCACUUAAUGCUGCCCAUUUUGGUCCAUGUAACAGUUGCAACAACAAAUCACAGAUACGGAAAAUGGUAUUAGAAAUCGUGCCUCCUGUCUUCAUGCUGCACUUUGUGGAAGGCUUGCCGCAGAGCGACCUGCAGCGCUACGCCUUUCACUGGGAAGACAGUCUUUAUCAAGUGACCUCUGUAAUACAGUACCAAGCCAGGAGCCAUUUUAUAACGUGGAUUUUAGAUGCUGAUGGAAGUUGGCUGGAAUGUGAUGACCUGAAAGGUCCCUGUGCUGCAAGGCACAGGAAGUGUGACGUUCCUGCUUCUGAGAUUCACAUUGUUAUUUGGGAAAGAAGGCUCCUCCACGUGACAGAUGAAGAAGCUGCUUCCGUCCCACUUACAAAGCCCAAUGACCGUGAUGCUGCAGGCAAGAAGAGGCCCGCCUCGCCCGCCCCGGCUGCUCCCUGCACCCACCUGCCUCCCGCCUCUCCCACGCUUCCACAGGACGGAGCUGGACAUCAUGGCUUGCCUGAUAGUAUUGUACCUUCCACGCUUGAAACUAGCCGAGAAGCUGUGUCCGUUAUUCAGAUGGACUUCAAGGAUCCCCCAGCAGAAGACAGACCGUGGGCUGAGACGUCGGGGCUUCUUGGAGCGACGGCCUCUUCGCUGUCGGGUCCGCGUGGAGACCCGCCGGCCCGCGCCCCGCCCGUAGGUUCGGCAGCGGGCGACACAGACGUGCCCACUUCGGUGAGCAGAGCCCCUGCGGCCCGCGCCGCCCGUCCUGUGCGGGCAGAGGCGUCCGCGGAAACCGAGGACACUCCGUUGCCAUUCCUUCCGGUGGCAACGGGGAGGCUUAAACCGGAACAACGGGCCCCUUCUCGGGGAUCUGAGCCGGGGAGGGAGACGAGCGCGCCCGCGAAGGAGAGCCCCAAGCGGCCGUUCGUGGGGAGCUGGGUUCAGGGUCUCUUGCGCAAGGGCGCCGCUUUCAUGCCCCCCUGUGUUUCAGCGCACGCUCGGAGCAGCCUGGUUGAGCUGCAGCCCGCAGCUAAGGGAGCCACUAAUUUCGAUGGUUUUAAAAUCAAAGGCGCGCGCCGGAAGUCCAGCCGGACGCCGAGGCGAACCUGCAGGUGUGUCGCCGAGGAGCCCGGGGCCGGGAGCGGCGCCCCAGCAGCCGGCGGCCCCGGCGCAGCCCCACCCGCUCCGGGCAGCGCCGCCCUGGAGCCGCGCGGGGCGGAGGCGAGCCCGCCGCUCGCAGCCGCAGCUCGGAGACGUGAGCACGGCGUCGCCUCAGCCAGUCCCGGGGGCAUGGCUGAAGAUCAGAUUCAUAAACUUCGUCUAAAACUUCUUAAGAAACUAAAGGCAAAAAAGAAGAAAUUAGCUUCUCUUCAGUCUUCUCCCCAAACUGUAACACCUCCAAGUGAAAAUCUAGAAUCUCUGUCCCACUGUGGGUCCCCCAGUGAUGGGGAGUCCAUUGAAGAUCUUCUAAAGGAGCUACAGUAUCAAAUUGACGCUGCAGAUAACAAGGCCAGAUGUACCACUGCUCCUCCCGUUAGCUCGCACCCUAGUCAGAGUCAAGAAGACAUCUUAGCAGAAUUACUGUCUCCUACAACCAUUUCCACAGAGCUCUCCGAAAGUGUGGAACCUGACUUUAGGUAUUUAGAAAUGGGAGAUAGCAACAGCCCAGCACCAGCACCUAGUGAACUAAGCACCCAUCUGAAACAGGACCAUAAUUACUGUAGCCCUGUCAAGAAAACUCAGUGUGAAGUUGAAUCAGACUCACUGGCAAACAGUGCCUGCAUCAGAGCAUUGGACUUGGAGAGUCCUAUGAAGACUGACAUUUUUGAUGAAUUCUUUUCCACUUCAUCAUUAACCACGUUAGCAAAUGACACAUUAGACUUACCUCAUUUUGAUGAAUAUUUGUUUGAGAAUUGCUGAAUGCUUCUUAACUUUUUAGUUUAGUAUUUAUUUCUAAGGUGUAACCUGUUUCGGGUAGUGCUAAUUGGCACACACUGGCCUUGUUUAGUAACUAACUGUGAAUAAAAUUUAAACAGGUGCUUUAUAUCCAAGUCUUCCCAUGGAAUGUGUAAUCCAUUUUAUAAAUUAAAAUCCUCGGGACUGUG